GUGGUUAUUCGUUUUUGUUUACAAGCAGCAGUCCGGGCAGAAAGUGUCAGGAUUGGAAGCGAGUUUAUUAACCAAAAUGAGCACGAGGAAUGUGAUGAUCACGGACUUGGAUCAGCCGGAUCCUGAGCCACCCAAACGUAACCGGAAGGUGCUGCAGACGCUCUCCGGGAACUUUAAUCGCCGUUCUCGCAGCGUGGAAGUGGAGGUGAAGCAGCGCCAGGAGACGCUGAGAAAUGGCAACAAGGAUCGUAGAAAGGACCGUUCUUUCAAUACUUUAUUACAGGCCAAGGAGCAGCAGUUGGAGCAACUUGUUCAGCGGCUGUCCAUGCUGCAUCGCUACAACGAUGAGUUUGCCAAGGAAAAUGAGCAACUGCGGCUGGACAGCGGUCAGUUGGAGCGCCGUCUGGCAGAGGCAGAGCAGCAGGUGGCCAACUGCUCGCGUUGUCAGCAGCUAGGCCAGCGCCUCGACACAGUUCUUGGCCAGAAUCGUUCCCUGGCCAGCGAUGUGGACAUGCUCAAGACGCUUGUCUUUCGACUGAAUGUACAAAUCGAAAACUAUCAGGACCAGAGGCGCCACAAUGAUGAGGCUCCUGUUGCCGGAGGCUCAGCUGGAGCCACCACAUCCUGCCCGCCACUGCCCACUCACACGCUGGGGCCUCUCCUGCAGGCCUACGAUGAGUCUCUGAGGGACAAGGAUGCACUGUUGACCCAAUUUAGUACCGAAUUCGAGCACUUUACUGGGGAGCUAAAGCGAGCUCUGGAGGACAACACCAAGCUGCUUCAAACACAAGAGCAGCUGCGCCGUGAUCUGGGCGGCUGGCGGGAGGAGCGUGUGUGUCUUCAGGCCCAGUUGGGCGUGUGUCGCUCCAAGGCAGAGGCUCAGACCCGCAAGACGGACUUGGCCAAGGAGAAGCUGGUGGAGGUCAUGCACUGCUACGAGCAGCGCAUGCAGACGCUGCUCCUGGACAUGGAUCACCUGCAGGCGGCCUAUGCACGCACCAAAUCGGAGCUGGCCGCCCUGAAGAGUACUCAAACGACUGCGGCAGCUCCUGCUCCGGUUGCUGCUCCCACUCCUGCUCCUCCACCCCCCGCUGAAUCGGAGGCUGUUCACCAGUGCAAAGCUCUCUUAGAGCAGCUACGGCAGGAGCAUGCCCGAGAGCGAACUGCCCUGCAGGAACAACUGCAAGCCACCACCGCAAGAGCGGCCUCUCUUGUCCGCAGCACGGAAAAGGCGAAACACGGAAGGGAUCGCCUGAAGGCCCGCCUGAGGAUGGCCCUGCAGUGGGCCCAGAAGCUAGAGGCCGGCCAGGCGGAGGUGAGAGACACCUACGAGGCGGUGCGCCGCUUGGAGGUGCUCGUCCAGCACAAGGAGUCGCAGCUGCGCGGCCUGCAUUCCCGCAACGCCGAGGAGCUGGACAAGAUGCGGCACAAGCUGCAGCAGAAGGAGGAAACCAUACGAACGCUCCUCCGGGGGAAAAUGGAACGGAGGCCGGCGGUCGACUAG